ACCAAAGCCCUACUUUCAGGGACAGCAACGCAUAGAAUUUGUACGAAUGAAAGGUCCGGCGGGUAAAGGGAUCGCCGAAAUGGCUGUCGCCAAACAGGUGGGCGCCACGUGUGAGACACCGACUUCAGAGCCCGGCUUCUCGUUGACUAGUUUUGAGUUCGAAGACGAUAUGGAGGAAAAUGAUUACAUCCAAAGACGAAUGUCUGACCCGAGCUCUAACCUCAAGCACUACGUGAGGGGUUGGCAACAGAAGCGCGAGAUUAAGAAAGCCAUCUCUGAACAGGAGAUCAACAACUGUUUGGUCAAUGGGAACGGAAUCAAUGAGAUCGAGGCCGGAGAUGUAAGGGAUGAGUUGGACGACUCGUACAACAGGAUGUGGUCAAUGCGUGGCUUCCGUCAGGCGUACCACUUCUGGAAGGAGAACAAGAGGGCCUCCUCUCCAGCCCUGCACUCCUUCAUAACGUAUGUAACGCUUCCGUGGCAUCACAUUAUCGCAGACCUCUUCUCUAAUAGACAACAGUCUGUACUAACGUUUGAGUGAAUUAUAUAAUCGAUAAGUUCAUCAAUAAUUUCGAUAUCCAUUUCCAUUCCUCAUAACAUUAUUUCUCAUUCAUAUUUGAUAUGAUUAUGAAAUUAUAUAUAUUUUUCUUCUCGAAAUAUAUUUUAAGAGAGAAUUUCCAGUAAAAUAUUACAAUAAAAAUCUAUUUACUAUUGACUUUUAAAUACACACCCUUUUUAUACAAG